GCCUUAGCUUUUGAUUAGAGGAGAGUAUUAAGAAGAUGGAGGGUGAACUUAGUGCUCCAGUGGACGAGAAGACGGCAGUGGCGCCAUCUCCGACGUAUUGUGUCACCGGCGCCACCGGUUACAUCGGUUCAUGGUUGGUGAAGCUUCUUCUUGAAAGAGGUUAUAAGGUUCAUGCCACAGUGAGAAAUCCAGAAAAGGUUGUACAUCUAUUAUCAUUAUGGAAUGGAGGUGACCGACUGAGAUUAUUCAAAGCUGAUUUGCUUGAAGAAGGGAGCUUUGAUGAGGCUGUCAAUGGCUGCAAUGGUGUAUUUCAUGUGGCGGCUUCAAUGGAAUUUGAUGCCAAUUCGAAGGAGAAUAUUGAAUCAUAUGUUAGAUCAAAUAUCAUUGACCCUGCAAUCAAAGGCACUGAAAACCUCCUCAAAUCUUGCUUGAAAUCCAACACUGUGAAAAGGGUUGUUUUCACAUCUUCCAUAAGCACUAUCACUGCUAAAGACAGCAAUGGAGAUUGGAGAUCUGUUGUUGAUGAAUCUUGCCAGACUACAUUUGAUCAUGUCUUGAACGCAAAAGCAAGUGGAUGGGUUUAUGCCCUCUCCAAGAUUUUGACUGAAGAAGCAGCAUUCAAGUUAGCAAAUGAGAAUGGUAUUGAUCUUGUUUCCGUGAUAACCACAACCGUAGCCGGUCCUUUCCUCACAACCACUGUUCCCUCUAGCAUUCAAGUGCUCUUGUCACCAGUCACAGGUGAUCCCAAGUACUUCUCGAUACUGUCGGCUGUAAACGCUAGAAUGAGGUCGGUUGCUUUAGUUCACAUAGAAGAUAUAUGCAGGGCACACAUAUUUCUGAUGGAGCAAGCCAGAGCAGAAGGUAAAUACAUAUGCUGCGUCCACAGUUGUCCGAUGUCUGAACUGAUUAAUCACCUCGCUCGAGAGAAUCCAAGCUCAAACAUUCAGAGGUCGGAGGCCAAGGAAGAAAGUUCGAAACUUCCUGAGAUUUCUUCGAAGAAGUUAAGAGAUUUAGGCUUCACUUACAAGCAUGAUAUAGAAGAUAUAAUCCAUCAAGCAAUCACUGCCUGUGUAGAUAAUGGAUUUCUGCCCCAUACCAGAACGUGAUACGUUGUGUCCCUACUUUCCUAACAUCGCCGUAAUCAAAAUUCAAAGCAUUUAUUAGUGCAUACAAGUACCUGGACCGAGUUUACCAAGACGUGAGCAUGUCAAGCGGCAUUAACACAUCGAACGGCGUCAAUUUCGGCGACAAACUUGCUCUAUAUUCUUACACCGUACUUAGACCAACUGAUGUAAGUUGAGCAGUCUAAAACACUUCAUGCUGACCGACUCAUUUGCCUUCAUGAAAUGGGGAACUUGAGACAUGGGCCACAUAAAUAAACAAAAAGACUGUUUCCUUUAUUUAUUUCUUGGAGCCUUUCAACUUUCCAAUGACUUGUAAAUUGUUGAAGAAUGUAGACAUAAUCUACAUCUUUAAUGCAAAAGCUACUUCUUCAACUAA